AUGGUGCCGGCGGCGCAGAGGCUUCCCCAGCAGCCGGGAGACGCGGGAGGCGCCGAGCCGAAGGGGGUCUCUCCUCCAGGGGCGGGGAGCAGCUCGGAGACGGGAGACAAGUGUCCGGCUCCUUCGACGGCCAAGGGCUACAACAUCUCCUCGCACAAAGCCGAGGCGCCGGCCGGGAGUUCGGGAUCGCCGCGAGGAGCCCGGGAGGAGGCGGGGCGCACGGCGGAGGAACACGCAGGCGCCGCCCUCCUCCCCUCCUUCCCCCGGGGGCGAGGGGGCGGCGCGGGGGGAGGGGAGGCGGGGGGCCGGGCGCGCUCCCCCGUGCCGGCGGCUGGGCCCCCGCCGGACUGCGGAGAGCGGGUCUGGGCGGGAGCGAGCGCGGCGGCGGCGGCGGCAGCGGCGGCAGAGAAUCCCAGCGUGCUGCGCCGAUGGAAGGAGCUGUGCACACUAGGUAUACGGAUGACUUCAUCCCCUAACGAACGCAGCCGACUCUCGGGGAAACGCAGUCGCCGGGAGACGCGCGCGGAACCGUGUGUUGCCACAAGAGUGGGAGAAGAGAAACGCCGCCAGUGGAGCGGCUUUCCAGCGUCAUUAGCAAAGAGGGAACCCCGGGCGGGGGGCGGGGAGGGAGAGGAACUAAUGAUAGUUCUAAAUUUUCCGUCAUUCCCAAUGGUCUUGAAAUCACCUCCCUUAAUAAGUAGAUAGAAAAUACUGGCGAGGCAAAUCUCAUUUCAAGUCAAGUCAGGGAGGAGGGAUUCUAGAAAGCCAGAAUUGGUCGUUAUGGGAGGGUUUGGGGGGUUUUUUUGUAUCUGAAAACAAAUACAGUAAUAAAAUUUUUAACGUAC